GCCGCCGCCACCGCCGCCGGCCCCGCCCCCGGGCACCAUGCUGCCCUCGCAGGAGGCCUCCAAGCUCUAUCACGAGCACUACAUGCGGAAUUCGCGGGCCAUCGGCGUGUUAUGGGCCAUCUUCACCAUCUGCUUCGCCAUCAUCAACGUGGUGGUCUUCAUCCAGCCCUACUGGGUGGGCGACAGCGUGAGCACCCCCAAGCCCGGCUACUUCGGCCUCUUCCACUACUGUGUGGGCAGCGGGCUGACGGGCCGCGAGCUCACCUGCCGCGGCUCGUUCACUGACUUCAGCACCAUCCCGUCCGGCGCCUUCAAGGCGGCCGCCUUCUUCGUGCUGCUCUCCAUGGUGCUGAUCCUCGGCUGCAUUACCUGCUUUUCGCUGUUCUUCUUCUGCAACACCGCCACGGUCUACAAGAUCUGUGCCUGGAUGCAGCUUUUGGCAGCUCUGUGCCUCGUGCUGGGCUGCAUGAUCUUCCCCGACGGCUGGGACGCCGAGACCAUCCGGGACAUGUGCGGGGCCAAGACCGGCAAGUACUCCCUGGGGGACUGUUCGGUGCGCUGGGCCUACAUCCUGGCCAUCAUCGGCAUCCUCAACGCCCUCAUCCUCUCCUUCCUCGCCUUCGUGCUGGGCAACCGGCAGACAGACUUGCUUCUGGAGGAGCUCAAGCCCGACAACAAAGAUUUUGUGAGCUCUACAGUAAGCUCCGUGUUGCGACCAGGGGGUGAUGUCUCCAGCUGGGGAGUCCUCCCCUGUCCCGUUGCUCACUCACAGGGACCCUGAAGGCCAGGAUCACAGCCCAGGAAUUGACCUGCCCUCAGUGUGUCCCAUCUC